UUUCCUUUUCGUGCGCGGAGGGAAAUAAGCCACCGGUUUCACGACGUCGCGAGCUGCGAGCGCAUUUCGGGGAGAUAGAUGGAUAGGAAGCGCAUGCGAGAAGGGACCCGGAGCUGCACGGAAUGCCGACGGAGGAAGAUUAGAUGCAUCUUCAACCCGCCAGACCAGGUUUGUUCUCCCUGCCAGGCCCGUGGAUCGCGAUGCAUCGACCAACGGGAUGUCGCACCAGGAGAGAUAGCCCAUGCUGCCCGGCGAGGUUCUUCUGCCUUGAAAAGGAGACAGGUCUCGGCCUCGAUAGUUUCCCCUCAUGGUCAGGAGGGAAAAUCACAACGGGAACUUCCAGUUGCCGACAUCUCUCUCAUCCCCAUCAACGGUGGGAAGCAGUCAAGCAGCCACCAGGAUCCUGUUUCUGACGCACCCAUAAUGUCGGCCCUGCACACCUCAGGCACCUGUGCCAGCACCACCGGCAGCAGCCGUGUAGCAGUUGCUCCUGCUGUCGACAUGUGCCGGGCCCUCCGCUCCGCCAUACCCGCCUACGACGAGGUCCUCGCCGCCCUGCCGACCGCCGGGGGCGGCGCCUGCUGGUGGCGGAGCUUCCGCCUCAAGAUGCAGACCCUCGACCCCGCGCGGGCGCUGCAGCCCGGGGCGGGCGGGGGCCCGGAGGAUCCACUGGAGCCGCUGGAGAGCUUCGCCGCCCGCGCCUACACUAGCGUCGCCAGCCCAGCCUUGGUGGGCACCUUGGCCGUGGCCUACGCGCGGAGCCUGCAGGCUGGGAGCAGCGGCAGUGGCCGUCGCGCCAUGAGCGCCGCCAAGAUCUACGGCGAUGUCGAGAACCUUGUCCUGUCGGACAUGGUGUAUGCUGCCACCGGCGAGGGCCUAGAGUGCCUGGUGCUGCUAGCUUACUGCUACAUGGACGCCGGGAUGCCGAGGCGGGCGUGGUUUCUCUGGCGCAAGGGUCUCGGUAUCGCUCAGAUGAUGGGCCUCCACCGGCUAGCUGCGACUUUGCCCCCAUCACACACGCGCCUCUGGUACGCAGUGUACCACGGCGACCUCUUCGCCAGCCUUGUUCUUGGUCUUCCCCGCGGAUUCCAUAACCCCUAUCACGUCUCGAGCUUGGGCCAGCCGCAAAGCUCGCCCGGGACGACGGGUAAUGAUGGCGGCAGCGCCUGGAUGGAGCACUUUGUCCGCGAGUGCACACUCCUCGCGGGCAAGGUCAUCGACCGGAAUGCCUUUGGGUUAGCGGAAGGCUGCACACCACCCGGGAGCAUGGAUAAGGACGAUUCGCUCCCGCAGGCGCUGAGGGAGCUGGAGGAGCUGCCACCCGAUGGCUGGUGGGAUAUGCCUGCGUCGCUUCCGGCGGGGCCGGGCCUGGCGCUAGAUUUUGCAGUCGCCGGCCUCCUCCUACAGGUCUUCUACUUCCACACGGCCAUGUACAUUCACCUGCCGACCCUGUCAAGUUCCUCGUCCGCGGAAUGCGCCGCGGCGGCGUCGAACCUGCUGCAGAGAUACUUGCCACUCAGGGAAGGGCCAAGCCCGGCGUUUGAGAGCAUAACAUCCGACUUUGUCGCCUUCACCGCGGCCGUGGUGCUGGCCCUCUGCAAGCCUUCGCCACGAGGGACGGGAGCUGAUAGUCAGGGUAGUGCGCCGCGGCCGGGCAUCCAGGAAGUGUAUGAACUCACGAGGCAGGACAUGAUGGUGGGCGCCUUGGCAAUGUUUCAGAGGCUGGAGCAGGAGGCGUUGGAUCAGGAUGAUGAGGAAGGGUCGCGCAGGAACUGUCUCCAUGGCCAGUGCCGCAAGAUACUCGAACUCCUUUACGGAAAGCGGCGGCCGGCGGCUAGCGUCCAGGAGAUCCGGAUACCGUACUUUGGAAGGGUGCUCCUCAGGCCUGCAACGUCUGGGCCCUUGGCAGAGCAGCGGCGAGACCGCACCUGCCAACUGCCUCCAGGCACGGCGGAACCCCCGGCUCGGCACGCACACCUGGAGCGAGGGUUACCGUCUGCAUCGGUGGUGCCGACUCCGUCGUCGGAGCGGUCGGUGUCCACGAUGGAAGCAGCAGCACCAGGCGUGGGCCCAUCCGAAGACCACCAGCACCAGCCACAAGGUCACGACAAUUUUCUAUCACCGUUCUGGGGUGGCGACUGCUUUCCAGCCUUGCUGGAGCUUACGCCCGGGUUAGGAGGGGGCGAGGGCCACUUUAACAUUUUCUCGGCUGCCGAUCUGUCGUUAUCAUCGGAUGCUGCGUUCCUAGACCCCAGUCAGCACGACUGGGGUCUGUGGCAAGAAUGACCAUUACGAGCAAGGAUUUGACUCCCCUUGGUUGACAGCCGAGCAUGUUUUAUUCGAGAAGUAGGAGUCACAAACUGACGUUACUAUAGCACCUUACGCUGGGGUGUGCUUGUGCAUCCCUGGGCGCUCCCACGGUAGCUGCCCUCGCCUAAAUGGGGAAGGCCCCGUCCAUAUAAUUAACUAGCCCACAUCGCAUGGAAUGGUCUGCUGUAUAAAUUGCCAACAGAUAUUCCCUUCCUAGAUAGAACAAGAGAACAGUCAAAUAUCCAGUAGUGUCAUAG